CCACAGGUCUGCGUGGAGCAGAAACCCCAAGGCCUCUGCUUCUAGCCCACUGAGGAUGUCUCCCUGAUUCUUGGCAUUCACUGCUCCAGCAGGGCCCACAUGCUCACUGCUUCUCUUGAACGCCCGUCUGCUGGCUCCCCUGGGCCCCAUGGAGACCUGGCGGAAAGGCUCCUUCCGUAACGCCUCCUUCUUCAAGCGGCUGAGCCUGGGGCGGCCGCGGCGACUCCAGAGGCAGGGCAGUGUGCUUAGCCAGGCCAGCACGGCCGGUGGUGACCACGAGGAGUACAGCAAUCGGGAGGUCAUCCGGGAGCUGCAAGGGAGGCCAGAUGGCCGGCGCCUGCCACUGUGGGGAGACGAGCAGCCCCGGGCCACCCUGUUGGCUCCACCCAAGCCCCCGCGCCUCUACCGAGAGAGCUCCAGCUGCCCCAACAUCCUGGAGCCCCCCAACGCCUACACUGCAGCCUACUCAGCCACCCUGCCAACGGCACUCUCCCUGGCAGGUGCCCUCCACCAGUACUCAGAGGAGGACCUUGUGGACACUCCCCCCUUCCAGAAGACACCUGCUCCGGACCUCAGUGACCCCUUCUUCUCCUUCAAAGUGGACCUGGGUGUUUCACUUCUUGAGGAAGUACUACAGAUGCUGAGGGAACAAUUUCCCAGCGAGCCCAAAUUCUGA